GAGGUCAGAGGCUUGAGUCUAAGACAUAGAGCAUAUCAUGUUGAAGAUGACCGGGUGGCAGCGACAAAGCCAAAAUCAGAACCGGAACCUGAGGAGAGAGUGUUCCAGAAGAAAGUGUAUCUUCAUACACCACCACACCUGAAAGUAGACCUGAUCCAACUGCAGAGAUGGCAGCUGAGUCGUUGCCUUUCUCCUUCGGGACACUGUCCAGCUGGGAGUUAGAAGCCUGGUAUGAGGACCUGCAAGAGGUCCUGUCCUCAGAUGAAAACAGGGGUACCUAUGUCUCACCUCCUGGAAAUGAAAAGGAAGAAUCAAAAACCUUCACCACUCUUGACCCUGCCUCUCUGGCUUGGCUGACUGAGGAGCCUAGACCAGCAGAGGUCACAAGCACCUCCCAGAGCCCUUGCUCUCCAGAUUCCAGUCAGAGCUCCCUGGCUCAGGAGGAAGAAGAGGAAGACCAAAGAAGGACCAGGAAACGAAAACAGAGUGGCCAUCCCCCAGCCCCGGCUGGGAAGCAACGCAUGAAGGAGAAAGAACAGGAGAAUGAAAGGAAAGUGGCACAGUUAGCCGAAGAGAAUGAACGGCUCAAGCAGGAAAUCGAGCGCCUGACCAGGGAAGUAGAGGCGACUCGCCGAGCUCUGAUUGACCGAAUGGUUAAUCUGCACCAACCAUGAACAAUUGGGACCAUCACUCCCCGACUCGGGCCACACUACUUACCUUUCUUUCCCAGAAGUGGCUACUGACCACCUUCUCACCAGUGCCAGUGAUGUGACCCUCAACCCCACGUACUCAGGGGUGAGGCUUGGGAUAGACAAAAGGAAAGGGUCUCUGCUUGUAUAUAGAGUGUAUAUUUAUUCAUUACUGUCCAUAUCCAUUAAAGCGACUUUCUAUGAGCCAA